AGUGGGAGGGGAAGCGGGGGGCCGGUCCGCGCCGCCAUUUUGUGAGUCUAUAUAACACGUAGCCGUUGGGUUCACUCCUGCUAUUCCAGCGCCUCCACUCCGUUCCCUUCGGGCCGCCUUCGUGUGCAAUGGACGGCAUUGUCCAGGACAUAACAGUUGGUACAAAGCGGGGAUCUGACGAGCUUUUCUCUACUUGUGUCACUAACGGACCCUUUAUCAUGAGCAGCAGUUCUGCUUCUGCAGCCAAUGGAAACGACAGCAAGAAAUUCAAAGGGGACAAUCGAAGCCCAGGAGUCCCAUCACGAGUAAUUCAUGUCCGCAAGCUGCCUGGCGAUGUCACUGAAGCUGAAGUGAUUUCCUUGGGAUUGCCCUUUGGCAAGGUCACAAACCUCUUGAUGCUGAAAGGAAAGAACCAGGCUUUCAUAGAACUGAAUACUGAAGAAGCUGCUAACACAAUGGUGAGCUACUACACGACAGUCACUCCAGUUCUCCGGGGCCAGGGCAUCUACAUCCAGUUCUCCAACCACAAAGAGCUCAAGACUGAUAACUCUCCAAACCAGGCGCGUGCCCACGCAGCCUUGCAAGCCGUGAACUCAGUUCAGUCUGGCAACCUGGCCUUGACUGCCUCUGCCGCAGCCGUUGAAGCUGGGAUGGCCAUGGCUGGCCAGAGCCCCGUCUUGAGGAUCAUUGUGGAAAACCUCUUCUACCCAGUUACCCUGGAGGUUCUGCAUCAGAUCUUCUCUAAGUUUGGCACGGUGCUGAAAAUUAUCACAUUCACCAAGAACAACCAGUUCCAGGCCCUCUUACAAUACGCAGACCCCGUGAGCUCUCAGCACGCCAAAUUGUCCCUGGACGGGCAGAACAUCUACAACGCCUGCUGCACGCUCCGCAUUGACUUCUCCAAGCUCACCAGCCUUAACGUGAAGUACAACAACGACAAGAGUCGGGACUACACACGGCCGGACCUGCCUAGUGGGGACAGCCAGCCCUCCCUCGACCAGACAAUGGCAGCUGCCUUUGGUGCUCCAGGAAUAAUUUCUGCCUCUCCAUAUGCAGGGGCCGGCUUCCCUCCUGCUUUUGCAAUCCCCCAGGCUGCAGGCCUCUCAGUUCCAAAUGUACACGGAGCUCUUGCUCCUUUGGCUAUCCCAGCUGCCGCCGCCGCUGCCGCAGGACGGAUUGCUAUUCCUGGCCUCACCGGGGCAGGGAACUCCGUUCUGCUGGUUAGCAAUUUGAACCCCGAGAGAGUUACACCCCAAUGCCUCUUUAUUCUUUUCGGGGUGUAUGGUGAUGUGCAGAGAGUGAAAAUCUUGUUUAACAAGAAGGAGAAUGCCUUGGUUCAAAUGGCAGAUAGCAACCAAGCCCAGCUGGCCAUGAGUCACCUCAACGGUCAGAAGUUGCACGGCAAGCUGAUCCGCAUCGCCCUGUCGAAACACCAGACGGUGGCGCUGCCCCGGGAAGGGCAGGAAGACCAAGGGUUGACCAAGGACUACGGGAAUUCUCCCCUCCACCGCUUCAAGAAGCCGGGCUCCAAAAACUUCCAGAACAUCUUCCCCCCUUCCGCCACCCUUCACCUCUCCAAUAUCCCGCCUUCAGUCACCGAAGAGGACCUCAAGAUGCUGUUCUCAAGCAAUGGUGGAAUGGUGAAAGCCUUCAAAUUCUUCCUGAAAGACCGCAAGAUGGCUCUGAUCCAGAUGGCGUCCGUGGAAGAAGCCAUCCAGUCCCUCAUCGACCUCCACAACCACGACCUUGGAGAGAGCCACCACUUGCGCGUGUCCUUCUCCAAGUCCACCAUUUAGGUGCGCCGAGGGGGGGGGGGAGAAGCACGAUGGAGCGGACUGCAGGCAAGGAGCAAAACCACCCACCGCGGCCCCUCCCUCGGGCUUCGGCCUGGCAUCUUCGAAGGCUGAAGACCCCCGCUUGGGGCGAAACAACUUCCGUCAUUCCAGAAAAAAAAAAAAGAGGAAAAAAAAAAUAAGCCACUUUAAAAAAGCAGCUGAAGUGACCUUAAAGAGACACAGCAGAUUUUAUUUUUUUAAAGAGGAAAAGCAGUUUACUGGGUUUUUUAAAAACAAAAAUUUAAAUCUUAAAUCCACGUCGCUAUAACCUUUCAUGUAACUUGUGGGAUUACAAUCUUGACUGGGUUUUUUUUUUCUUUUUCCGGGGCGGGGGGAGGGCGCAGGGCCACAAGCAUAAAAGUUUACAUUCUUUAAACUGCUCUGGGAAACAUUCCUCUUCUUUCUUCCCCCUCCCUACAAAGCGAGAAAUACAGAUAAUUGUGCCCAGUCCCAGAUAACCCCUGUCCAGCUUCACAGUAAUGCCUUUAUCUUCAUGAAGCCUUGGAAGAGACCCCAAGUCACAUAGUCUUGAGUCCUUCCUUCAAACUCUCCGGAGCACAGAAUACCUCCUUAGGGUUGACCGGUUUUGUCUCCCCUAAGCCUUGGAUCAAAUAUCCUGUGCCUUAGCAGCUUUUGGGGGGGGAGGGUUUUUUUUUUUAAUUUUUGGGGAGGCUCGCUAGUACAAAGUCGAAAGAACAGAGGAGUCAUCCUUAGGUGAUCAGAUUGGGGGGGGGGGGCAGGCCGAGCAUCGUUCUGCCCCCUUAAGCAGUUAAACAUCUCUGGGGCGGGGGGGAAUUGUCUUAACCUGGGGAGCUGACUUUUCUCAGUCCCGUGUACAGAGGAGGGGAAAGGGAAGGGUUCCGUAUCCCUUGUCCCUUCCGUAGCCCCCUAGCAGGUCCCAUUUACUGCUUUUAAAACAGUCUCCCCAAUCUGUGGAAACGGAGCCAAAAGCAUCAGACAUUGUUUCGUACGAGAGAGUCUGAAUUCUUGGUCUGAAUUCAGAUCUCGGUUCUGGGCUCUGACUUUUGUGGGGGGCGGGGGAGGGAAAGGCUGAUUCAAGUUGCCUCGCCCUGUUUCCUCCCCCCCCCCCCCCGCUAGUGACCUCAGCUAUUUCUUUUGAAUCUUUUUAUUACAAGGGGUUCUUUGUUUUUUUUACAAAGCAGUCUUUUCUCUGUCUAGCAAUAUCUCCAGUUGACCAAAUAUUGUAAUGGGUUCAUAUUAUAUGCAUAUAUAUGCAAGAAGAAAUAGCUUAACUUUUUUUAUAGCCAAGAUGGUAUAAAAUGUAUCUACUUAACUCUUGUUCUCUUUAUCUUGUAUGCUGUAUUCUUGUAUCUUUUUUUUUUUCCCGGUAACCUGAAAAUAGUGUAGUCGAUGUGCCAGAUAGGUCAUGGCUGGAGAUGAAUCUUAUACAGCGAAGAAGUAAAGUACUUAAAAUUAGUAGACACCAGUUACUUCGAAAGGAGGAGACAACCCAGAUUUUAAGGGUGGUUUUUACUUAACCCAAGUUUAUUUACUUUAUUUAAAGAGAAAUGCAACUCCCCCCCCCCUUCCUGACCAUAUCUCAAAAUGCUGUUUUUCCCAUCUCUUCACUCUUUUCGUGCCGAUCUGCCUUCUUUGUCGUAUUCCGGAGUUGCCUUACUUCUGCCCUCUUAACUUGUGUGAGAUUUUUAGAAGAACCAGAAUUUUGUACGUAAUAUCAGGGUUGUUUCUGCAAAAUGUGGACCAAAGUUUGCUUUUUCUUUUAAAUGUGUUUUGAAGUCAACUUGUCCUUUCCCCCCCCCCUCCGCCCACCGGCCACCACUGAUUCACAAGAGGCAUAUUGGCUUGGGGGGGGGGCGUUGGAAGCAGGGUGGAAGAUCCUCACACAGCUUGUAAAAAAACGUCCUCCUUGACUUGAAGAGAGGCGGCCUCGCGCUUGCCGUUGCAGGAGAAAGGCUCCCGCUGCAAUCACGAGCUCGCCCUGCUCAGGCCAGCCUCCCUUAGCUCCCUUGGGCCAAGCCCAGAAGGCGUCUGCUCGGACCUUCAGAAACUGCAGAGAAUUUUGCUGCCUUGAGUUGACCCUGUCAGAGCUCUCGAAAGAUCGCUCCACAUCGUAGGUCCACACACACACACCCAUUGCCUCAGCUUGGCCAUCCAAGGUGACAGCAGAGCUUUGCCGCAAACUGGCUUUUUUUUUUUGUAUUGGGCCCGUGGCUGCCUUUUGUUUUUCCAAACCGUGGCCGUGGAGGCAGCCGGCAGUCGACAUGCCGCCCCUCCUAAAGCAGCCGAAACUGCAGGCGCACUCGUUUUCUCUUGGCCCUCCGUGCACGGUCCAGCUGGAGCAAUAGGGAAGGCUGCCUGAAGUGGGCCAGAGUUCCACAGGCUUGCUCCCUGGACCCCAGAUCAACCGUUAGUCACGCUGGCUGGACAGGCUAGCGUUAGAGGAGGAGGGAGCUGAAUAACAUGUCCUCCCUCCUUCCCCCAGAAGAAUUAAGGGAAGACUGACCUCGACCCCCAGGUUUGUUGGUUUUUUAGAUUUUUGCAAAACUUUGGUGAGGACAGUCAGAUUAGAUCCCGAAAUCCACUCGGCAGGCCUUCCUCUGCGGCUGGUCAGAGCGGAGCCUCUCUUUUCUUGACGCUUUUGAUGUUUGGCUUGCGUCAGCAGACAAGAGGCGUUGUUUGGGGGGGGGGGUUUGGGGGGGGGCUGCAGGACGCCCCUGCCGAUGUAUUGCUGUUUAACCCUCAGACCCGAACAAACCAAGGGCGAGAGGAGUUCCUCUGUUCUUUCCUGCUCUCUUUUUUUUUUUGAUCCUGUGUGUUGCAUGUAAAUGUAAUGAGAAAAAGGUGUAAAUAUUUAUGAUUUCUUUUUUAUACCUGUUGUAAGACAUGAGGGGGCAGCAGAACCCAGGUAUUUACAGUAAAACGGAUGUAUUGUAUAUUUUGAUAACCAGCUAUUACAGGUUCAGUAUUGGGGGCGGGGGCCAAUCGUACACGAAACAUCAGAAUUAAUUGCCUGGCUAAAAAGAAUGUAAUGCAAAAAAAAAAAAUGGAAAAUUAAAACUUAUUUUAUAAUGAAUCUUAGUACCUUUUUCUGUAGCGUUUAGUUAGUUCUUGACCUGUUCAUAUUUGUAGAAAAGCAAUCGGUGGGCCUGUCUGUACUUCCUUUUUUUUUGCUUUCAAUAAAUGUCUUCUGUGUUCUUUG